UCUCGAAUUUGCGUGGUUCCGACGACACACUUCACUCACUCAUCAUGAGCUCCAGCGCCUUCUCCAACGACCCUUUUAAGGUGAACAGCAAGGACGUCAAGUAUACUGAGUCCCACAUUGAAGCCAACUACACGUACCAAACCUCGUUUGUCGAAGGCAACGUCGUGACCCCCGUGUCCGAACAGUACUUGUUCAAGACCAACACCAAGAUCCCGAAACUGGGGAUCAUGAUCGUCGGGUUGGGCGGCAACAACGGCUCCACGUUGGUGGCCGGUGUGUUGGCCAACAAGCUCGGCCUCACGUGGACCGACAAGGACGGCGAGCACAAGCCUGACUACUUUGGGUCGAUCACACAGUCGUCGACUGUCCGCUUGGGCACGAACGCCGAAGGCCGUGGCGUGUACGUGCCGUUCAAGAACAUGCUUCCCAUGGUGCACCCGAACGACUUGGUGAUUGGCGGGUGGGACAUUUCCGCGCACAACUUGGCCGACGCCAUGGUUCGCGCCAAGGUGCUGGACUACGACUUGCAGCGCCAGUUGAUUCCGCACUUGGAAACGAUCACGCCGUUGCCGUCGAUCUACUACCCCGAUUUCAUCGCCGCGAACCAAGCCGACCGCGCCAACAACGUCCUGACCGGGUCGAAGCAAGACAACUUAAAUCAAAUUCGCCAGCACAUUCGCGACUUCAAGGCCAAGAAUUCGUUGGACAAGGUGAUUGUGUUGUGGUCGGCCAACACGGAGCGCUUCUCGGACAUUGUCGAAGGUGUGAACGACACGGCGGACAACCUGUUGGAAGCGAUCAAGAACGGCGAGGACGAAGUGAGCCCGUCGACGGUGUUUGCGGUGGCUUCGAUCUUGGAGAACACGUCGUACAUCAACGGUAGUCCUCAGAACACGUUUGUGCCCGGUGCGAUCGAAUUGGCGGAGCGCCACAACGUGUUUAUCGGCGGCGACGAUUUCAAGUCGGGCCAGACCAAGAUGAAGAGCGUGCUGGUAGACUUUUUGGUCGGCGCUGGCAUCAAGCCCGUGUCGAUUGUGAGCUACAACCACUUGGGCAACAACGACGGCAAGAACUUGUCGGCGCCCCAGCAAUUCCGCAGCAAGGAGAUCUCCAAGUCGAACGUUGUGGACGACAUGGUGGACUCGAACCGCAUCUUGUUUGCCGAAGACGAACACCCCGACCACUGCGUCGUGAUCAAGUACGUGCCGUUUGUCGGCGACUCGAAGCGCGCCUUGGACGAGUACACGUCGAAGAUUUUUAUGAACGGCACGAACACGAUUGCCAUGCACAACACGUGCGAAGACUCGCUGCUGGCGACGCCGCUGAUUUUGGACCUGGUGAUCAUCUGCGAGCUGGCCGAACGCAUCCAGAUCACCAAGCAAGGCGGCAAGACUGAGCGCUUCCACUCGGUGCUGUCGAUCCUGAGCUACCUGCUGAAGGCGCCGCUGGUCCCCCGUGGCACCCCCAUCGUGAACGCGCUGUUUGCCCAGCGCGAGUGCAUUGUAAACAUCUUGCGAGCAUGCCUCGGCCUCCCCGCCGAAAACUACAUCCAGUUGGAGAACAAGUUGGCCAGCGAAAUCAACAAGCGCACCCACGCGUAGAUAUGUAGGAAAUCGAAUGGAUAACUUGAUUGUUUUGAUGUUUUGUGUGGACAUCAGGAGAAGACUCGGUGGGCUAGUACGCAAUACUGUAUUAAUAUGUACUUUGGUUGUAACGGAAAAC